AUGGGCAACCAGGAGGCUAAGCAAAAGAAAGCUGCAGCACCAUCGGGUAAUGGAAGCUAUCCUUCGCUGGAUGAAGGAUGGAGAGAGGGAGGAGGGGACAUCUCAAAAAAGGGAGGAAAGAAACUCCAUGGUAAGCAUGGAGGUAAAGGAGCAAACAGUAGUGGAGGAGGAGGGGGGACGCAUGGCACAGGACCAGGCAAGAAAAAAAACAAAUCUGAGUCCAAGCCCUCUGUUUUUUCCAUCCGCAAGAGAAAGGGCAACCUGAAAGGGAAAGGAGACACGUGUUCGUCCGUAACAGGCUCCAAAGAGGACGUUUUAGCAUCUCAACAUGACGAAGUGGACUGCACAAAAACACCUGAUUUGUCUGCGGAUGAGCUCGGACAGUCGGACACUGAGGCUGCUUUCCCUGAGAAGAAAAAGAAACAGGAGCAAGGGAAAAAGGAUGGAGAUGGAGGAGGAGGAGGAGGAGGAGAGCAAAAGCAGGAGGUGCAGCGGAAAACCUUGACAACAGCAACCUCUCCCACAGAGGAUGGAGGACAGAAGGGAGGGAGCUCCGGGUCAGACACAGAUAUUUACAGCUUCCACUCAGCCGCUGACCACGAGGAUCUGCUCGCGGACAUCCAGCUCACUAUAAGGCUACAGCACCAACAGCAGCAGCAGGGGGUGGUUAACUCAAUCGUGGAAGCACAGGGAGGGGGAGAAAGGGAUCUGAGCUGGGGAGGAGGAGAGGGGAGGAGGAAGCAGAGUAAUGGAGUCGUUAAAAUAACUCCUCCUGAAGUACUCGAUCUAACCCCAGAAUUAGAACUAGGGUCUGAUGCCCUGUCAUUCCUUGAGACAGGAACUCUGUCUGACUAUGUCAAGCACAUGGACCAGCCACCAACACUACACCCUCCCUACCACACAGAGGUGCAUGAGAAGAGGGAGGAGAAGGGGGAGGAGGAGAAGGUGGAGCAUCUGGAGCUAAAUGGGAAGGAACAGAGGGAGAGAGAAAGAGAAGCCUCUCUUUGUGUUGCUACAGGCACAAAAGACCAGCAUGCUUGGCUACAGCAGUCCCCUCACACAGCCAUCACCAUGGCUACUGUAGGGGGGGCGGCAGUCAGCCCAGUCACCAUGACAGCCAGUGGUAACAGCUUCCCUGAUCCCACAUUUGAACGUGCUGGCAAAGCCCCAGGGGAGGAGGAGGAGGAGGAGGACGCAGGAGGUGAAUCCCCUCAGGAGAAGAGGGAGCCUGGGGUGGAGGUGGAUCUCAGUCUCCCGCCCGCAGACAGCCACAGCAGAGGUCCUGAAGCGACUGAGGGGCUGAGACCAGGGACCCUGUUUGGAGAAGGUGAGGGUCAAUUAGGCUCAGAUACUAGUGCAGAGUCCCUUGAGGACUGUCUAAGUGCUGGCUCUGAACUCAACCACUCUGCUGCUGCCAGCGCCAGCGUCUCCCCCUCCACCCAGCAGUGCAGGAGGAGCAGCGUCUGCUUCACCCCUCUGCCUCCCCAGGAGAGCCCCACAUUGGCCAAAAGACUCCUCAGGUCCAUCCACUCCUCCUCCUCCUCCUCCUCUAGCCCUGUAGUGAAACCCUACCCUCCUAUCUACCCCUCCUACAUAAAGACCACCACCAGACAGCUCAGCUCCCCUGGAUACUCCCCAGCCCUGUCCCCCUCCCACAGCCCCCUGUCCCCGCGCAGAGCCCACCAUCACCUCCACAGGACGACGGCCGAAGGUCAUCAGGUCCGUAGGCAGCGCUCUCGAAGCCUUGCCGGGCCUCUGAGUCGCUCGGCUGACUGGACGGAGGAGCUCGAGAGAAGGCUGAGGAGCAGAGAGGAGGACGCUUGUGGUUCGGGAGAAUAUCUGGUGGGCUACAGAGGAGGGGGCAGCCAGCCUAUAUGCGCUACCAGAAGAUCCUCCUGUGGACAGGUUUCUACCUGUGGCUUUCAGGAUGUCUUUACAGGUCGAACGCUGCUGGAGAAGCUGUUCCUGCAGCAGCAGCAGGAGGAGCCAGAGGAGGCGGAGAGGCUGUGCUCCAGGAUCUUGGCCAUGGGCCUUCUGCUGCCGUUCACUGACUGCUUCAGAGAGCAGCUGGGCGGCAGCACUGCCCACAUCACCUCCUCCACACCAUCAGCCAAGUUUGAUCAUGACCAGUUGUAUACGUGGGCAGCAGUUAACCAACCACCACACUCCCUGGAUCCUCUUGAUGGGAAGUUACCUGGGCAGAUCAAGAGCCCCUGUCCCCCAGCCAGGCCUGGUUCAGAGAAUAGGACUGGACUCAAAUCCACCGAGGCUGAGGACAAUCAAGAGCACCAUGCAGCCUUCCUGGGUGUGAGGCAGCAACAGAAGGAAAGCCAAGAGUCUGCGUCACAACAAGAGGAGCGUGUCCUUGCUUCGGCAAAACUCAAGGAAAAACAUGUUAACGUCAUACAACAGCUGGAACAAACCAUUGAGGACCUCAGGACUAAGAUCGCUGAGCUGGAGCGACAGCCCUCUCCUCUGGACAGGGACGGUGUGAAACCCACCACCUCCACCACAGAUAAGGAGUGUGGAGGAGAGGAGGGCCUGCUGAGGGUGUGUGACGCUCACCUGCAGACGGAGGCAGCUCCCUCUCUGGGCUGCCUGGAGGCCAAGUCGGUGCAGACAUCGCCCAUGGACGACAGCUUUAAGUUCAAAGUGCCUUGUAGUGACUCGGGUGGAGAGGACAGCCUCCUGCAGCGUCCACCCAAGCAAGAUGGCUUCCUGUGUUCGUGUCAGCAGCAGCAGCUGCCUCCUUCGUCUUUGCCUCCCCUUCCAGGAGUCGCAGUACCUCCCCAUCCAGGGCAGACUGUACUACCUCCUCCACCGCCACCUCCUCCUCCACCCUUACCAGCAGGCUCAAUGCCAGCUCCUCCACCACCACCUCCGCUACCACCUGGUUCACUAGUUCCUCCACCUCCUCCUCCUCCCCUUCCUUGUGGCCUUGUGCCACCCCCACCUCCUCCUCCUCCCCUUCCUGGUGGCAGUGCCCCUCCUCCUCCUCCUCCUCCUCCUCCAUUGCCAGGACUUGGAGGCCCACCACCACCUCCUCCUCCACCACCUCCACCUCCAGGCUGUGGGCCUCCUCCUCCUCCUCCAUUACCAGGACUUGGAGGCCCUCCACCACCUCCUCCACCUCCUCCAGGCUGUGGACCUCCUCCUCCCCCUCCUCCACCAGGAGCAUUCAGCGUUCCUCUAGGUCCUCCAGGGGCUCUAGGCUCCCUGCCUCCUCCACUGCCUUUGGGGCUGUAUGCUCUCAGUCAGGUUCAGGAGAAACCUCCCAGGAAGGCUGUGGUGGAGCCACCCAGACCCAUGAAGCCGCUCUACUGGACCAGGAUCCAGCUGCACGCCAAAAAGGAGGUUUCUUCUUUGUUGGUGUGGGACACAAUCGAGGAACCUGACGUGGACUUUGAGGAGUUUGUAGAGUUGUUCUCGAAAACAGCUGUGAAGGUGAAGAAGCAGCCGCUGUCUGACACCAUCACCAAGUCCAAGGCCAAACAGGUUGUGAAGCUCCUCAACAACAAGCGCUCUCAGGCAGUAGGAAUCCUCAUGUCCUCCCUGCACCUCGACAUGAAAGACAUCCAGCACGCCAUCCUGAACUUGGACAACACAGUAGUGGACCUGGAGACCCUGCAAGCCCUGUAUGAAAAUAGGGCACAGCAGGAGGAGCUGGACAAGAUUGAAAAGCAUGUCAAGUCCUCUAAAGACAAAGAGAAUGCUAAACCUCUGGACAAACCUGAGCAGUUUCUCUACCAACUCUCCCUGAUCCCAAACUUCUCCGGCAGAGUUUUCUGCAUCCUUUUCCAGUCCAGCUUCUCCGAGUGCAUGUCAUCUAUAAUGAAGAAGCUGGACACACUGCAGAGGGUAUGCAAGGCCUUACAGGACAGUGAGACAGUGAAGCGGAUUCUAGGUCUGGUUCUGGCCUUUGGUAACUUCAUGAACGGUGGCAAUCGAACCAGAGGCCAAGCGGACGGCUUCACCCUCGACAUCCUGCCCAAACUCAAAGACGUCAAGAGCAGCGACAGCAUGAGAAGCCUUCUGUCUUACAUUGUUGCAUACUACCUCAGACACUAUGAUGAGGAUGCUGGCAGGGAGACGUGUGUGUAUCCUCUCCCUGAGCCUCACGACUUGUUCCAGGCUUCACAGAUGAAGUUUGAAGACUUUCAGAAAGACCUGACUCGACUCAGGAAGGACCUCAGAUCUUGUACAUCAGAAGUGGAAAAGGUGUGCAAAGUUUCAGAUGAGGAGAACUUGCAGCCUUUCAAAGACAAGAUGGAGGACUUCCUCACACUAGCUAAAAGUGAACUGGAGAUCCUGGACACUCAACUCAGCAGCACUCACAAACUGUUCCUGGAGCUCACAGUGUUCUUCUCAGUCAAGCCCAAGGCAGGAGAGAAGGAGGUUUCACCCAACACCCUGUUCAGCGUCUGGCACGAGUUCUCCUCUGACUUCAAGGACCAGUGGAAGAAGGAGAACAAAAGCAUUCUCAAGGAGAGGUUGAAAGCAGCUGAAGAGUGUUUCCGUCAGGCCAAGGAGAAGGCUUCCUACAGCGUCAAACCUAAACACGCCUCUGGCAUCAAAGCCAAGCUCGGCAUGAAGAUUUGA